AUGAGACUUUUGACUGAGCCACUGAGCCGCCGUGAACCAUGGCAAAUUUUUCGUAGUGACAGCGCAGUGUCAGCAACCAUCAAGUUGCACUAUUUCAACCACGUCUAUCCGACAUCUACCACCCACAGCACCACCAACAACGAAAACGACAACGAAAACGACAACGAGCAUAAUAACGACGAUAACAAUAACGAUAACAACCACACCAACGACAACAACCCUUUGCAUUUCCCCAACAUCCCUCGCAACAUCCUCUCUUGCCACACCGGCGGCACUCACGAAAUAGAGCCCCACGCCCCCUACGCCCCCAACACCGCCUCGCACAUCACCUACGUCAGCCGCAUCACCGCCUCGUCCGCCGAGUUUCCAUUUCUCCUUACGCCCGCCGGCCCAUCUCAUCCGCCACGAGAUAGCCGACAACAUCAUGAGCAUGCCCCCGCCCCGCCUCUCCGCCACCCAGAUGCGCGACAGACAACAACAACGGCAGCCGCCGCCGCCGCCGCCGCCGCCGCCUGUCCACGGGCCCGUGACGCUGGAGCGGUAUCGCAGUCUGGUGGCCGAGUCGGAACAGAAGGAGGCGCAGCGAAAGGACAGGGAACGGCGGCGGGGAAGGACGGGGCCGGUGGCGGUGGAGGACGGCGGUCGUGCGGUGGAGAUGAUGAGGGAGCGCAACGAGAUGAUGCAGGUGGAGGAGGAGGAGGUGAGGAGGACCGAGAUGGCGAUGGUGAGGGCGGGGGCGGAAAAGGCGCCUGCGGGGCAUGUCAGGGCGCAGAUGUCGAGAGGUUGGGGAGGGAUGAGAUGGCGAAGCGGAUGAACGAGUCGGAGGAUCCGGAGUGGGUCAGCGAUAAGAGGAAGAGGGAGGCGAAGUUGGUGGAGACGAAUAAUAUGGCGGCGAGUAUGGGAGUGGAUACUCCGUUUCUGGAGGAGAUGCUGGGUGUGAAGCUGAAGUGUGAGCUUAAUUGGGCGGCGCAGAAGAGGAAUGUAGAUCGACCUGGAGAGCCAGAGGAAAGGAGGCGUGAGGAGUAG